AUGGAUGGUCUUAGGCGGCCUCGGGCCGGGCUCUCCCCGUCCCGCGAAGCUCCGGCGGGCCCGGGGGUCUCCGUGCCGACCCCGUCCGCGCUCCCCCGCCCUCGCCGUGAGCGGAGGCUGGGGGCGCUCCGGGAGCCGUGCGGGGGCCAGGUGCGGGCCCGGCCGCGCCUCCCGGGACCGCCGUGCGGAGCGCGGCCCCGCGGCAGCGCCGGCACGGACGGGGAAGCCCCGGCGCCUGCGCCCCGCCGCGCUCUGCGGAGGGGGCGGGGGGCAGAGCGCGGCGGCGGCCGGGACCGGCCUCAGGCGAGCCCCCUGCCCUGCUCUGCCCUGCCCUGCCCUGCCCGCUCUUGCGCGGGUGAGCUGCGGGCCGGGGGAGCGCCCGCCCCGCGCCGCUGCCCUCGGCCCCGCACCAGCGCCGCCGACCGAGGAAACCUCCCCGAAAGAGAGAGAGAGAGAGAGAGAGAACUUGUUCGUCCGUCCCCGCCUGCCUCCCCGCCGCCCGCGCAUCCUCUCCCGCGGCGCAUCUGCCCGCCCUCCGGGUCCGGCUCUCCCCGUGCUCGGGGGCCGCUCCGCUGGCUCCGGCUGGAACGUUUGCCCGCUCGUUUCCCUCGGAGCGGUUUAGUCGACCCGGUCCAGCGCCUUCAGCCCCAGCGGCUCGUCCGUGCCGCCCCAGUGUAUGAGCGCUGCUCCGAGCACAGGGCUGCUCGGCGCCUGCUAGCGCUGCUCUCCGCCCCCCCCGGACUUCCCCAGCACCGACGAGGAGCGGCGAGCACCCCGCACCCGGAGAGUUGUCUCGGCAGGCUCCGUGCUAUGGCGAGGCUGCGGAGAAGCAAACUAGCCGCUGGAUUUCUAUUACUUUUCCAGUGCCUGAGCGAGCGCUGCCAGCUCGCCGGCGGGGAGACGCCGAGGCAGAGCCGCGGUGUGUUUUAUGAAGUUGUUCAGAGCUUCCCUCGAGUGGAGGAGAAUGUGGAGGUGGAUUCAUAUGUAAGCAGCCACAGGUGGAGAAGGCACACAGAGUCCCUCAAAUCAGUGGACACCAACAGAGCCAGCAUGGGGCAGGAUUCCUUGGAGCCAGGGGGUUUCACAGACCUGCUGCUUGAAGAGGGACAUGACAACACUACACAGAUUGAGGAGGAUACAGAUCAUAACUAUUACACAUCAAGGACAUAUGGCCCAUAUGAUUCUACCAGCAGGGAUCUGUGGGUCAAUAUAGACCAAAUGGAGAAGGACAAAGUAAAGAUUCAUGGGAUCCUUUCCAACACCCAUCGACAAGCAGCAAGAGUGAAUUUGUCCUUUGAUUUUCCAUUUUAUGGACAUUUUCUACGUGAAAUUACUGUGGCAACUGGGGGUGAGUGGCUUUCUAACCAUUUACUUUGAGUAAGAUGAGAAGUGUUUCUUGCAGCUAUUUAAAAUACCUUUUUUCCCCUGCUUAUGUAUGUCAAGAGAUAAACUGCAGCUUUUAUUUAGGAAAUUUUCCUGUCCACGAAAAGAAAAUCACAAAAUAUCAAUAUGAUGAGAAACCUCAAGCAGUUU